CUAUGAAAACACGACCAUAGAAGAUCGUCAUCUGUCUCACUCUUCACGCGCCGAAUUAGGGUUUCGCAAGAAAAAAAUUUCUGAGUUUGUUUCCUUUAGGUUUAUAAUCUCAGAGUUAUUAGUAUUUUGUUAUUACAUCAAGUUUGGGUAUAUCAUCCAUCAACAAUGGCGGGAGGCAAAAUGAGGAAAGAAAAACCGUCAAGAGCUGCAGGAUCAAAUAAACAAUACCAAGGUGGAAUAUCAUUUCACAAAUCAAAAGGACAACAUAUAUUGAAGAAUCCAUUGUUAGUUGAUACUAUAGUUCAGAAAUCAGGAAUCAAAAGUACUGAUAUUAUUCUUGAAAUUGGUCCUGGUACUGGAAAUCUUACAAAGAAAUUACUUGAAGCGGGUAAAUCUGUUAUUGCUGUUGAAUUAGAUCCUCGGAUGGUUCUUGAAUUAACACGUCGGUUUCAAGGAACUCCCUUUUCCAAUCGUUUACGGGUUAUACAAGGAGAUGUGCUUAAGGUUGAUUUGCCGUACUUGGAUAUUUGUGUUGCCAACAUUCCUUAUCAAAUCUCUUCUCCUCUCACCUUUAAGUUACUCGCACAUAGACCUGUUUUUAGGUGUGCUGUUAUAAUGUUUCAGAGAGAAUUUGCCAUGAGAUUGGUAGCCCAGCCAGGUGACAAUCUCUAUUGUCGCCUUUCAGUUAACACUCAACUCUUAUCCCGUAUCUCCCAUCUCCUCAAAGUAGGGAAAAACAAUUUUCGGCCUCCCCCUAAAGUCGACUCUUCUGUGGUCAGAAUUGAACCUAGAAAACCACUUCCUCCUGUAAAUUUCAAGGAGUGGGAUGGGUUAAUCCGCCUUUGUUUUAACCGCAAGAAUAAGACUCUGGGCUCAGUUUUCAGGCAGAAAUCAGUACUCUCGUUGCUGGAGAAGAACUACAAAACACUCCAAGCACUGAAAGGAUCAUCUGAAGACAUGGCAGGGGAAAUGGAUGUUUCAGCAUUAGGUGAUACUAGUGAAGAUAUGAGCAUGGAAAUUGACGAUGGAAAAGAUGAUGAAAUGGAGGUUGAAGAGGAUGACGAGGCAGGGGGAGAUGGAUCUGAUUUUAAGGCUAAAAUUAUUGGGAUACUUAAGCAAGGAGAUUUUGAGGAGAAGAGGUCUUCAAAGCUCACACAAGUGGAUUUUUUGUACCUUCUUUCUUUGUUCAACAAAGCAGGCAUUCACUUCUCUUAAUUUAUAGUUACCUGAGGUUUAAUUGUUUUAGUUCACAAUAUAUUGAGUUUCAACUGUUUUUGCCGGAGAGAAUUGUAUUCGGUUAGUGACCAUACUAAUAUUGUUCUCUAUUUAUGUUUUUGUUUAAUCAAAUUUUGAUCUUUGAGCUCUAUGCUUUCUGUUGUCGAUUUCUUUUUCAUUCAAUUAACCAUGGCAGAACUAGAGGCAUUGCAAUACUCAGUACCUGAUGAUCUCAUUAAUCCAUGACUGGAGUUCAAAGGUGUGUAAUGGAUGAUUUCACUGUGGCAGAAUGGAC